AUGGCGGUGCCGCCGUGGCCCUGCGGGGACGCGGGCAUCGCCGCCGGCCCCCGCCUCGCCGGCCAGGGCGACACCACCGCCCUGCGGCCCCGAGCGCGGCACCGGCACCGGUACCGGCCCCGCGAUGGGCACCACGGCCCCGAGGAGUUCGCCGAGCUGCUGGAGCUCGUGGUGCGCCACGCGCGCGCCUACGCCGCGCCGCUCGCGCCCAUGGACGACUUCCACGUGAGCCUCUCGCAGAGCGUCGUGCUGCGCUACCACUGGAUCAACCCCUUCGUGCAGUCCCUCAAGGAGCGCCUGGCGCCCUUCCACAGGUUCUUCUGUCUGGCCGACCAAGUGAAGGUUUAUACCAACCAGAACAAAACCAGGACCUUUAUUGGCUUGGAGGUCUCCACGGGGCAUUUCCAGCUGCUGGAGCUAGUCUCUGAGRUAGACAGGGUUAUGGAGGAGUUCGAUCUGCCCACGUUCUACAAGGACCCAUCCUUCCAUAUCAGCCUGGCCUGGUGUGUUGGAGACCUGACUAGCAGGCUGGAAGGGCAGUGCUUGCGGGAGCUCCAGGACAUUGUGGACAAGUUUGAGGACUCGGCGCACCUGCUGCGCAUUCAAUGGGAGCAAAUCCGUUGCAAGUCGGGGAACAAGUACUUCACCUUCCCCUUGAGGUAGGACCCAGCGGGCUGAGCCCUGAAGACCCUGCUCUUCAACACAGAGCUCUUCUCUCCUGCAGCUCUGUGCUGCGUGGGCUGCCCCACACACCCUUCUUGCCUGCUCAGCAGCUCUGGCGAGUUUGU